AUGUUGCCGCUCCGAGGUGUCCAUAUUUUGGUAGUUUUUCUUUUAAUUUCAAAGUCUAAAGUCGCGGUGAACGGGACUCCACAUAAGGAGUUCCUUAUUAGUGAGUCGGCAAAAAUGGAUUUAAUGCAGUUGGACUCCGAACUGAUUGGCAAUCUAGAGAAGUAUGCCGAGCAAGUCGAGGAUAAGGUGGCGAGGCUACAGAGAAUUGUUCAGGAGUUGCGACAGCCUCUGGAGGCUGCAAAAGGCAGGGAAGAGGAGUACCUGGGCAAUCCCCUGCACAGCUUUCCACUCAUCCGACACAUGCACCAGGAUUGGCGGUAUAUCGAGGAGUUUAUGAAUGAGACAGUGGGCGAAGAACAAAUUGAUUUUCUAAGGAAGAAACUACCCGAACUGCCCUGGCAGGCGGACACCGAGGAGGCCACCGUGGCCAUGUUCCGCAUGGCGGAGACCUACGGAGCGCAGCCCUGGGAGAUGGUCCAAGGCCUCAUCGACAACGUGGCCUUCAACUCCACACUCUCAGCUCUGGACUGCUUUGAAAUCGCCAAGUUGUACUUCAGGUGGGGUUAUUUUGAGAAGGCCUAUCAGUGGUUGGCUAGCACCGAGAGCCUAAUGAACGAGGAGUACUCGGGGGUGUAUGAGGAGCUGGGAAUGACUGGAAAGGAUGUGGCCUUGCUACAGGCACGCUGCCUAAUGGAAUUGGACCUGAAGGAUGAGGCUAAAGACGUACUGCUGGCCCAUCCUGAGCUUGCGGAGAAUUCCACAGACCUGCUAAAACGAUUCGCUGACCAUCCUUAUCAGGCAGAGGACUCCUCGCCGCUUUUAACUGAAGACUACAAGAGACUGUGCCGUUCCUCGUUCUCCCCCAAACCCUCGAGGCUCCACUGUCGCUACAACUCCACCACCUCACCCUUUCUGAUCCUGGCUCCCCUCAAGAUGGAGGAGAUCUCCCUGGAACCCUAUGUGGUUUUAUACCACGACAUCCUACCAGACAAGGACAUUGAGCAGUUGAAGAUCUUGGCGGAGCCCCAACUGAAGACCACAGAAGUGUUUGGGAAAGAGGGGGGCGCAAGGACCAAGGAACGCACUGCCUUGGGCACCUUUCUGCCCUUCCAGGACAUGGACCCCUCUGGGGAACUCCUGAUGGAUCGACUGACCCAGAGAAUGCGCGACAUCACCGGCAUGAGACUGGCCGACGGACACCCCUUUAACUUUGUCAAGUACGGAUUCGGGGCUCACUACAUCUCACACUAUGACUUUUUCAACGAGUCCAACUGGAAUACCGAGGGUCAGGGUGAUCGAAUUGCCAGCGUUAUCUUCUAUUUAAAUGAUGCACCCUUCGGAGGAGCCACUGUUUUUCCACGCCUAGACAUUAAAGUACCUGCGGAACGAGGUAAGGUUCUGUUCUGGUAUAAUAUGGAUGGGGAAACACACCAUGUGGAUCCCAACACCCUGCACGCCGCGUGCCCCGUCUUCCAUGGCUCCAAGUGGGCCAUGGCCUCUUGGAUACACGAAUGGGAUCAGAUGUUCAUUCAACCCAUAUACCGAGAAAAAUAAAUAUGAUAAAAUAUUUGUGUCUAAAAAUAUAAAAAACAUC